UCCAACUGCGGUGAACAUCAACCGCAGAUCCAAAUGCGACGAGCGUCAACCGCACUUCCAAGUACGGCUACCGUGAACCGCAUCUCCGUCACCUUCCAACCGCACAACCACCACUUCGAGCUCAUCCCACCGCGACACAGCCACCAGAAACAGAUAUUUAAGAAUGAAGAGUGAAACUGCAACAAAUAAAAUGAGGGAGGAGGGAGGUGGGGAGAAAUAAAAAAUUAUUUGAUAAGGACACAAUUGGAAAUAUAAAAGAAGGAGUUGCAGGUUGAAAUAGGUGAGUACAGCGACGAAGACUCUCUUGACCAUUCAAACCCCACGAAAAACCAAAAUGGCGGGAAAAUUUGGUACCAUUGGAGAAUUGGGCGCCUUUUCUGUUCCUCUUCCUAAUCCUCUAUAUAAACCCUACCCUCCAUCCCUUCUUCCCACGUCAAUUCUGUCCAUUUGCAGUACCAGUUUAUAUAAUGGCUCAACCUCAACCAGAGUCCCACGCCACCAACGGCUCCUGCCAGCCAUCGCCCAAAAUCCCAAAACUCCACCAAAACGACGACGUUUCCUCAACCCCUCCCUUUCUACGCGUCAAAAAGCUCUCUGAUAAGGCCGUUUUGCCCUCCAGGGCUUCCCCUCUCUCCGCCGGUUACGAUCUCUCUAGUGCGGUCGAAACAAAGGUGCCUGCCAGAGGGAAGGCUCUGGUAGCCACUGACAUCAGCAUCGCGAUUCCAGAAGGGACCUAUGCACGCGUUGCUCCACGAUCUGGGUUGGCGUGGAAGCACUCAAUCGACGUGGGUGCCGGAGUGAUUGAUGCGGACUACAGGGGGCCGGUUGGUGUUAUACUGUUCAACCAUUCCGAUGUGGAUUUUGAAGUGAAGGUUGGAGAUAGGGUUGCGCAACUUAUCAUUGAGAAGAUUGUCACUCCCAGUGUUACUGAGGUUGAUGAUUUAGAUGAAACUGUGAGGGGUGAAGGUGGGUUUGGAUCUACAGGGGUUUGAUUUGUUAUGUUGUCUUGGUUAUUUUGUAGAACAGUUGGUGGGGUGUAAAAGAAUUAAACCCCUCUUUAGGUAUUAUCUCUGAUGUUAUCAGACGUUAUAUGUGAAUGCUUAGUUUAAAUUCUGUGCCCAUGAUUUUCGAAGGAAAUUUUAGUUGGAGCUGUUCUUAUUCUU